AUGGCCGCCAUUACUUCAGGAGCUGCAGAUUUCAUCUGGCUGGAUUGCAUAUUGAACAGCACAUCUGCGGUCCUCGGCAGCGAUGUCUGUGGCUAUAUCACGGCUCAGGCCGAGAGGGAGACGCCAGACACGAGCGGCUUUGUCAUUAGUUUCAUGCAUAUGUCAAUUGUAGAGAAGGGCUGGAACAUUUUGAUGUCUUUUAGUGUGCAGAUUUUACGGAUGUCUUCUUUUCAACUCGUCCUUCACUUGACGAUAGGUCUCAUGUUCAUUUCCAAUGCAUCGGACGCUCGUGAAUCUCCAAAGACCACCAUAUAUGUGGACAAAUCCGGUUCGGGAAACUAUUCCUCGGUCCAAGAAGCUAUCAACUCCGUCCCGGACAAUAACGAUCAGUGGAUACGCAUCGUCGUCAAACCGGGCACCUACGAUGAAAAGGUGAACAUUCCUCUCGCAAAACAGUACAUCUUCCUCCAAGGCGAGAGUCACAAAACGACCACCAUCCGGCACUGGGAUGCGGGAAAUGCCAGCACGGCCGCCACUUUCCAGCUUUACGCAGAUAAUUUCGCUGCGUCCGACAUUACCUUUCAGAACAGCUACAGUAUCAAGAAAGGGGAAAUAAACACGACUCGCAUCACAUGGGCCCCGGCUGCUCUGAUCGAGGGUGACAAGGUGUCGUUCCGCAGGUGCGCCUUCCACGGCAUUCAGGACACUCUCGCCGACAUGAAAGGCCGACAUUACUUCGAACAAUGCUUCAUCUCAGGAGCCAUAGAUUUCAUCUGGGGCCACGGCCAGUCGGUGUAUGAGGAUUGCCUGGUGAUGACCAUAGCCAACUACAUUGGCUGGGACGGUUAUGUCACGGCGCAAGGCCGAGAAGGAGCGAACCAGCCGAGCGGGUUUGUGUUCAAAUCUGGCCGGGUGAUCGGAGAAGGCCGCACGUAUCUCGGGAGAGCGUGGCGGCGGUACUCGAGAGUCCUAUUUCACGAGACGAGCAUGAGCAAUGUCGUCGUGCCCGAGGGUUGGUCCUCCUGGACAUUCCAAGGCCAUGAGGACGAUAUCACUUUCGCCGAAGUCGGAUGCAAGGGGGAGGGCGCCGGGGAUUCCCGGCGCGUGAAAUGGAUGAAGCACCUUUCGCCGCAAGAACUGGAGCACCUUCUCUCGAACAGCUUUGUGAACAAGGAAGGCUGGAUCGAGGCACAACCUUCUUGA